AGACGGCCGGCGGGACGGAGAUAGGGACGGCGUUGUCACGUUGUCUCCUCAAUCGCCUGGAAAAGAUCAUCUUUUAUGUCAUUUAAUCCAAAGCUUUAUGUAGCCAUGGCGUGUAUUAUGAAGUUCUUACUGGUGUUGGCUUUGGCUGCUGCGGCUGCUGGGGAUCAUUCCCUUGGCGGACACAGGCAUUUUCAUGGACAUUUCCCUCCCGCCGGGCAAGGGCACUUCCCUCCUGUCAGGCAUGGAUUUAGGCCCAACGCGUUCAGCUUCCCACACGGAGUACAUGGCUUCAGACCUGCCGCCGUCCACCGCCCCGUGCGACCUGUGGCACCUGUGCGACCUGUGGUGCAUCAGCCGGUUCCCGUGGCCCCGGUGCACCGAGGCCGAAGUGGACCUGUGGUGCCCCAGCCAGCUACCUCGGGCGUCCCGGUGGACCAAAGGCUGGGCGACAGCGAGUACCACUUCUCAUGGCACCAUGAUGGCAACAAGACCUACACGUGGGAUGGCGCCAACCAGUACUGCGGCAACCUUGGCUCCGGCUGGCAGGGUAUCAGCAUCGAGACUCGCCAAGAGGACAGUCUCGUCAGAGAGGCAAUUACAGAAGAUCAUCUACCGUGGAUUUGGACCUCAGGUCAGCUCAAGAACCAUGGCUUCGCCUGGGCUUCAGGUGAAGAAUUCGUGGGUCUCAACUGGUCUCACACCGGCGGGAAUCAUCGACCACAACCAGACAACCGAGAGGGGAAUGAGAACUGCCUGGGGGUUCUCAACAACGUCUACGACGACGGCAUCAAGUGGCACGACAUCGCCUGCCACCACGACAAGGCCAUCAUCUGCGAGCGCAAAGUCAGAGUUCAUGGAUGAACACAAAUAAACAUACACAAACACAGAUGCACAUACAUCAGUGUGUAGUGUGUGUAUUUAUAUAUAGAUAUAUGAUAAGCCCAAUACUAACUUAUUUAUAAACUGUAUGAAUCUAA